AUGCUGUUCAAUUGUACUCCAUCGGAGUUGGUUUCUUUUGUCCUAGAGAAACUCUCUUUCUCAGGUCAGAAUGGUUUAACCCUCCUGGAGAUGUGGGAAUCAAUCAGAACCAAAUUGGAUCUGAAUAAAAUAGAUUCAUUCCAAGAACAAAUCAUUUGGCAAUGGUUAUUCUUCAGUGAAGAAGAGGGUAAUAUGGUUAAAUUAUAUGUUAUCCUUAAUAAAACUCCUUUACCUAUUUUACCUAAUUAUAAAGAUUUUGUUUCUAAAUAUAAUGAAGAUUAUCAUAAAGGUAAUAUUAGAAUCCUCCCCACAGCUGAUACUCAAUGGAGAAUGUUAACAGGAUUAGAAUCUACUAAAAAGGCAAGAGCUCAAUUAGGUGAUAAACCAUUUGAAUUACUUUGUGAAAUUGCAAGAAGUGGUCCUCAAGGUAUAACGUCACCCGAUUUAUGUAGAGCCACAAAUCAAGAUCCAAGAUCAAUGCCUCCUAGAUUUAAAAAAUUAGAAGAAUCAGGGUUUAUCAUAAGGAAUUAUGUUUAUGAUCCUAAAAUUCGUCAACAUACAAGUUUAUGUAUCCAUUCAAGUUUUGCAAAAGGAACUAAAAAAGCUAAAGAAACAACUUCUGAAGAACAAACAUAUAGAAAUGCGUUUAAAGCAAGACAAUAUAUCGUCCAAUCAGUUAAAAAUGCUCCUAAUAAUUUAAGAAGUUUCCAAGAUUUAAAACAAGAAUUAAACCUUCAUAAAAAUAAAUCAUCAAGUAAAUUCUUUAGAGCCAUUGUUCAAUCUUUACAUAAUAAUAAAUAUGUGGAAAGAGUUAUGGUGAAAUCUCCUGAAGAUGGUAGACUGAUCUAUGCCAUUAAAUAUAUCAAGGAUUUACCUAAAGAUCCCUAUGAUCUUGAAGAUUAUGUGGAGAAUUUUAAUGCCAAUACUAAUGAAGAUGAAGAUGAUCGUGGAGAAUUAGCCACUGAAUUUAUAAAUUCAGAUAAACCAUUAUAUAAUUUAUUUUUCCCCAAUGCUAAUCAAAUUCAUAAUUUAGCCUUUAAAACUGGUGCUAAUGGUAUAAUAAGUACAGAUCUAAUGAGAAAUAUAAGUGGUGUAGCUGGAUAUAGACCAUUAGCAAGAUUAUUAGAUAAUAUCACCAGUUAUACCUUUGAUGGUAAAACUUUCAAUCCAUUAAAGAAAUAUCCUGAUGAAUAUAAUGAACAAUCUUUGGUUAAAACCUUGGAUAGUGAUGCAAAGUAUAAAUUUUAUCGAUAUUUUGGUAAGCCUUAUGUACAAGGUAUUGAAAAGGCACAUACGGGUAAACCUCCCAAGAAACAACCUAUUUUAAAUAAAACUUUAGCCCAAUUGAAUACGAAAGAAUAUAUUGCGUUGGAAAAAGUAUCAAGAGGUGAUUUCUUAUCCAUGAAGAAAAGAUCAUUAGAAGAAACUCCUGAAGCACCUAAAAAGAAAAAGAAGAAAGAAAUUACAGAAGAUGCCGAACCAGAAUAUAUUGAAUCAAAACAAAAUGAAGCUGAAGAGGCUGACGAUGAGUUAGAAGUGAUAGAAGUCAAAGAUAUCAAACCAAUCACAAUAGAUAUUGAAAGUGUUUCUCAUAAAAAGAUCCAAUUGGGUGAAAGAGUACACAAAGGAACAACAAUAAGAAGUUCAAAGAGACGUUCUACUUUACUUGAUAUUAUCAAACAAUUAGGAGGUGUAACUUAUACUACCGCCAGUUUAAGAAGAAUGGUAAAUGAUGCAUUGGGAGAUUCAUCAAGUACAUUAGAUGUGAAAACUCUUGCUAGAGAUAUUUCAGUUCUCAUAGCAGGAGGUGAAUUAGAUGUAGAAGAAGUUAAAUUUGUUAGGACUGGUCAAUCAAUUACUAGAAAGAUCUUAAUUUUGACAAAUGAAAAGUAUAGGCCAACUCCUGCUCAAAUAGAAGAAGCCAAGAAUAAAUGUAUCUUGGAUAAUGGUGAUAACGAAAAAACUAAACUGCAUCGAGUCGUGGAAGGAGAAGUUACAUUUUACAAUAUGGAACGUCCAACUUCAAGAAGAAGAGGAUCCAGAUUACAAUCAUUGGGUGAUAAAGAUACUCCAGUUAAGAGAUCAAGAAAGAAGGAAAAAAUCAUUGAAGAAGAAGAGGAAGAAAUUGAAGAUGUUAAGAAUGCAACUCCUGAAGUUGUUAGUGAUACUAUUCCCAACUUGGUAUCCAAAAAACAUAGAGGUAAAUCAAGACCAGCAAAGAAGACCAAAGGUAAAAAGGGUGGCUCUAGUAGAUCAGGUAGAAGAGUUAAAGUGGCUAAAUUUGAUAAAUCGGAUGCUACGACUCUUUUCAGAUCCAUUGUCAUAUCGAAAACUCUUAAAAGAGGUACCAUCAACUUUGCCGAGAUUGCUGAUCUCUUUGAAGAUAUGGAUGCAAGAAGCGUCAAACAAAAAUGGACUGUUGUUCGUAGACUGGUUGGUGGUUUAGCUGCAGUUACUAAAGGCACUGAAGAUUUUGAACGAGUGGUUAUGAAAGGUAUUGAUGAUGAAUUGGUAUCAGCUGAAGAUUUAGAAAAUGUCAAAUUCCAAUUCUUCUUGGAUUUAUGGAAAGAUGCUGAUGGAUCAACUAUAGAAAUUGCUGAUAAGACACCAUUAUAUGUCUCGGUGGAAGAAAACUUGAAUUCAUAUAAUAAAAUUGAAACUGGUGAAGCUCAACAAGAUUUAUAUGAAUUAUUGGAAGAUAAUUCCAUGAGACAAAAGGAAUUAACCCUUUCUGGUGUUACAUUUUUUGAAAACCCAAUUCAAGACAUUAAACCAAAAGAAAAUGAUCAUAUUCGAACGGUAUUAAAAGCUAUAUUUUCUACCACAGAAGAGAAUUUUUCAAGUUCAAGAGCUACACAAAUAUUAUCUGAAUUUGGGGAAGAUGUUACGUUUCAAGCUUCAACUGCACUUAUUCGAGAUAGAGAAAUGUCAUAUUUUAAAUCGGAUGAUUCAUCUCAUAGAUUUGUUUUAACUGAUAAAGUAACAAACUCACUUACAGUGAAAACAACAUCAAAAUUCUUUAAGCAAGCUGCAAAUUUUAAAUCAAAUAUUGAAUCAAUAUCUGAAGCUUCCAAAGGAUUGAUUUUAUCCCAAGGUAUUCUGAAUGGUCAAAUGUCAUCUUUAUUAGCCCUUUUAUCAGAUAAAGAAGUUUCUUUAGCUCAUAUUGAUAAAGCUUAUAAAUUUGAAGGGUAUGAAUCAAGAUUAAUUGAUAAAGAUAAGUUAGCAUGUGAUAUAGUUGUGUUUAAGGAUUCAUCAAACAUCACAGCUCCAGACAUUGUUAAAGUUCCAGUCCCCACAGGUAAAGCAUGUUCUCAUGUAUGGUUAGAUUUGAAUGGAAAUAUCAAUGAACAACUUUGGAUCAAGAUUAUAAUUGCUAUUUUGUAUUAUAUCCAUUUCAGACCUGGUAUUACAAGUUAUGCGAUCCAUAAUAAAUUACUGUCUGUUUUAGGUUGUGAAGAUUUCAAAGCGGUUGUUAAUUGGUUGGUUGAUUCACAUUGUAUAGGUAGAGGUGAUCAUGAUUCAUAUUGGGUAAAUAGUUCAUGGUAUGGUAUUUUAGGCUUGUAAAUAUAUAAAAAUGUAUUAUUAUU